CAAUUUUUUUGUCUAUAAGAGGCGCUGAUAAUGGUUGUGUACAUGGUUGUGUAUAACGCAGUGAGGGCCUCAGUUCGAGCAAGGUCUUUUUUAAAGUGUGCUCACCAGUCAACGCAAUUAGGAAAGAAAAAUGGUUCUUUAUUCUAUGACAAGAACGCAACCAACCCACUUGGACACUCGGCCGGGUGAGCGCAACUCCGGCCAUGUGUGAUUGGAUCAUAGCCUCGGUCGGAUAUCCACAGUGGAUUAGUGCCCUUGAUGUACUUCUGUACUCCGAGCCUCGAAAGAUGCUCGGGGGAGUGCCGUGAUACUGUGAAAACGCGCAAGCUGGUGAUAGCGUGAAGGCGAUCUUUACAUUUGGUCGCCGCAGCUUCAGGGGACACAGAUAUCGCCCAUUACUCUUGACGUGUGUGCCGUCGCUGUUGCGCGCCGACGAAAAGGUGCGUGCAGCACAAUGCCGCGCAGCUGUGUUGUCCCGACGUGCGAGUCGAGCUUCAGGAAAGACCGCAACCUCGGCUACCACGAGUUUCCGUGCGACGCGGAACGCCGGCAAGUGUGGCUGCGAAACAUUUUCGGGGAAGGACCCGGCGGGAAAACCACGAAGUGGGUACCGAGUGACAAAUCGCUGGUGUGCUCCUUACAUUUCACGGAGCAAGACUACAGGGCGACCAACAAGCUCAGGCUGCUGCUGCCGACCGCUGUGCCAACCGUGUUCCCCGCUCAUCCAAGCUGCACCACGACCCCCUCUGUAGAGGAGGUCGUGAGCUGCACGACUAAGAAAGCUGUCGUCAGAGGCACCCGUGCUCGAAGGAAGCGGCCGCGACCAAAGGGAACGGAGAACGUUAAGCACGCUCGUGGAGCAGGCAAGCGGAUAGCCGGUCAAAACGACACAGUGUUUGACCGUCACGAAGGCGCCAUAACGCCUCGUCAAUCUGAACCAGCGGUGGAAAACUGCGACGAAAGUCCGUCCGUGAAGGAUGAGACGUGCCCAACGCGCCGCCUUCAAGCAACGAUCGCCCUUCUUAGAGGGGAGCUACAAACGCUGCAGUGUAAACUCGAUGAAGCCGAAGAGCGAGCUCACUUUUAUGAAAAUAACAAAGACAUUGACUGCUUUAUGAGGGUGCUCGACGCUGCUGCUCAUGGUGACGAGACUGCCGUGUCUAUUAUGAACCAAGUGUACAGCUUCCAUGGAGAGGCCGAAUUUGCUAUUUUGGGAGGGCCUGCUCAAGCAAGGCCUGUGAGCAUGCAAGAGCCGAGCCCCCUCAAUGGUACAGACAUGUUGGCCACUGUGGGAGUGAAGUUGGAGUCACUUCACUAAUGAAAAACGGCACUGACAAACGAAAGCCUGCGUGAUUAAUUUCAGGAUCUUGGUGCAUAACAAGACCUUCAUCAACCACAUUAUCGAUGGACUGGCCACAAACACGACAACCUUUUUGACCCUGUUGACUGGUUUUUAGGAUCACUCCACAGUCCCCCCAAGUCAUUUGCCAUGUUUUGUUUUGAGAGGCUUCUAAAUGCCUUCCUAUGUCGGAUAUUUUUUUACUAGAUGCUUGAAAAGCAAUGAACUUUUUUCCAUGACAAUGGACGUGCUGAAAGCGGCUGAGGAGGUGGGCUUUUGUGUUGCGAGUAUCGUGAGUAAUGCCCCUCAAAACCAGCAUUGCAUUUUUCUAAUGCGAGAUAGCAUGUGGUGCUGCACCCCUUGCAGUCUGGCAACUCUCUCUCUUUUUCAUGCUCUACACGAACACUUGGAUGAACUUUCUAGAAAGAAAGCUGAUGGAUGGUCACGAAGUGAUUUGAGAAGGUGUGUGCCACAAUAAAUUGACAGUGAUGUGAACUUCUUGCAUGUCAAACUGGCAAGAUUACUGUUGCAUUCUUAUGAGGAGCCAAACGACUUCAAGGAAGAUUGGCAAGUACAACCCGUGUUUCUUCAUCCAUCGUGAUUGGGACACCCAAGUAUCUUCAAGGAAACCGCCACUACCAUCCAGGCACGGAGAAGAGUUUCAGGGGUGCUCGGCCAUAUUGCCUUCUUGCAUACGUGUGCGAAGCGGCAUGUUCUUCAUGCUAUUCAUGGUUCAGCUUCGCAGCCGACAGAUGAGAUCACAGAGACAGCAAUAGGAGCCUUUAAUAACAACAGGCGAUGACUGAUUUUCAUGGCAGAAAGCACACAUCGUCUUCUUAAAAGGACUUCAGCGUUCUGGCUGCAGAUCAAGUAACCACCUCAAACGAAGCAUACAAGGCUGCACCCCUGACUACUAAUUCACAGUGGCAUUGAUAAAGUACCGUCUUUAGCAUGUCAAGUACAGGGCAAGGAUCAGCUGCAACUCCACAGCCAAAUGACAGACUGUACAGAUAAAUAAUGACAUUAGCAACAGUCACGUGAACCACCUAAGGAUCAAAGUUACUGGAAAUUGUAACUUGGUAUGCGUCUUUGUACUCGAAGUAACAAAGUGUCCAGAAGGAACAAGUAGGAAAGUGUGCGGCGUUUUUGUUAGCAUUCCUGUCACACCUAUGCAAUGCUGGGAACUGACAUGUGGAGCAAAAGGUGACCACAGUGUAGAAGUUUGUGAGGUUUCUUCAAGCUCUUGUUGGAACUGCUGCUUGAAAACUGGACACGAAGUAUGAAUUUGUGAGUAGAUGUGGCUUGUAUGGCUAGCCCAGAAGCUAGCAUCGAGGAAAGUUCCAUCCUUGCGAUUCUGAUGAUAGUCUUCACGGGGAAUAUUUUUUGCCAUAACUGGGCAAUAAAAUAUAUGCAACUUGUA